AUGGUCCGCCCCUCCUCGACCGUCCGACCGACUCCUUCCCGAGGACCCGUCCCCCGCCCGAAGGUUCACCCCCAAUCCCGCGAGUCCGCCUCCCCGCCCCGCGAAUCCGCGUUCCCACGAUCGCUGGGGCACCGACCUGCCAUCUCCCGCCGGGGCCGGCCUUCCCAGCCCGGGGCCUCCCCGGUCCUGAAGAGCAAGGCUCGAGGUCCCGACCUUCUUCAUCUGGAGAGAGAAUCCAAACUCUUCUGGGAAGUGGGUGGCAGCUGGUAA